AUGGUUGCGUCUCAAUCCUCUCGUUCCGAAUCCCCCGCGUCGACGUCCACGCCGGCGACAUCUCCGGGGACUGAAUCGCCACCCACCCCUGGUCCUGGCUUGGUGUAUAUCCCAGAAUCCAAGCUGGAUCGCCGCUCCGAUGAAGAGAUCAUCACGCAGCUAAAAUCUUACCAAGAACCAACUUCGUCCGACAAGAAUGUGUGGGCUUUCUGGAACACGGGCUUCGACAACAUGCCCCCGUGGUCCCAGAGAAACGUUAUCAACUGGGUUCGUCGACUCGGUCCGUCGUGGACAGUACGCGUGCUGGACCAGGUCCCAGGAUCGCCGCUCAACGUAUCCAAGUUCGUGGACGCGUCCUUUUUCCCAGAGGCCUUCAAUAACAGAACCAUGACCGGCCCGCAUGUUGGGCAGCAUUCGGGGGACCUGGUUCGUUUGCCGCUCCUGUACCUGUACGGAGGCGUCUGGAUGGACGUCGGUAUGGUCCUUUUCAGGCAUAUUGAUGACAUCUGUUGGAACGCCAUCACCGACCCCAUGACCCCAUACGAGAUGUCAGGAUUCGCCAUAGAGAUUUGCCCCGGUACCACAAACAUGCUGAAUGGGUUCAUCGCCACAAAACGGGGUAAUGGGUUCAUCAAGCGCUGGCACGACAUUUAUCUGGAGCUGUGGAAGGGAGUCACUGAGAGCAAAGGGUUCCAUAAACAUCCCCUUCUUGCACAUCUCCCCUUGAUGUACGCACCGGCAAACCACUUGAAUUUGCCUGGGGCACUCAAGAUCAGCCCAGAAGACUUUAGCGACUAUCUGGCUCACUUCCAGUGUUUCGAAAGACUUCGGAGGAUCGUCGAUCCAACUGACGGGUUUGAUGGGCCGGAGUACUUCCGGGAAAAGAUGUACUUGCUGCCCGCCAUGCAGGAAAUGCUGAAACUCCAGUCGGUGACCGAGUGGAGUGGCGCUAGACAGUUUGAGCUUUUGAGCACAAAGAGGGAAGGAGAGGGGGCUGUUCAGAAUGAACUCUACCACGACGCAGAAAAGAUUGCCCUGGAUCUGUUGGCGAAUACAUCAACAAUGAAGCUCUCACACGGCCCCUCAGGCGCUCUUGACUCCUUCCUCGCUGACAUGUGGGACGAUCCGAAAAAUCACAAUAAAGACAUCGAAGCAGGAACGUUCGCGGCGUACUUGAGAUAUGGUAGUGUCCACUUUGAUCAGACAAGAGUCCUUGAGCCCAUGAAGCCCAGACCCACGACCGGGGAAACCCUCCAUAUCGGAGUGCUCCAGCCAAAGGUCACUCAUGAGACAGACAUUGAUGCUGAGAUGUCGUCAGGCAAACUAGCAUUGACAGUUGCAGAGGAGUCCUUGAGGAUGGAAAAGGUCUUUUCGUGCAUCGCCAUGGUCUUCUCACCCACAUUAACCCUCCGCUCAAUAGCAGCAACAGCUGCAGCGGCAGCACAGCAGACCCUUAAGAGGCAGGUCCAAAUAACAACGAACCCGCGUCCACGCAAUAUCGCCGAGAGCAGGUUGAUCCUCGCUGCUCUUCAGAAGUUCGGCGAGGUAGUGACAUUCCGGCAUUUGCGGGGCAAGGUCGACGACCCCGAGGCAACCAGUCUUGUCAUUUUCGAGACAGCAGAGUCAGCUGCCCGCGCCAUUGAGGCUUCACCGCUGACCGUUCCGAUUCCAAAGCACAUACACCGUCCCAAACCUCCGAACGAACAUGUGCUCGCGGCAGACCCCUUGUCCAAAUAUGAGUCAAUCGAAGAACCCCGCCCAUUUACGUGCAAAAUUCAAGAAUCCCAUCACGACCACGAAGCCGCGGUGAAGGAGAACCCUUCCCAUGGACCCUUUCAGCUCGACACCAAUACCUACCAGUAUCAUGACUUGGUUAACAGUGGCAUACCGCAGCCCGAACUCGCAGAUUGCUUUUGGGAACCAAAAAGACCCGUCACGCCAUCGUUCAAGAAGCAUAUCUAUCAGAGAAACAAAAUGAAUGGCGCCACAUCUCUGAUGAGGGUAUAUCGAGAAGGCUUUAACAUGGAGAAGAAGAAGCACAAGGAAAAGUAG